AUGGCCCGCCCUCCGUCUACCCUCCGUCUAAUGCAUCGAGUGUAUACAGUCGCUCGCCAGAUACACCAAUACCACACUCCUCAAGGGCUAACGCCUGUCCCCGCCUGGGACGAUCUUCCCGAGAUUACACCAUUGGACCAUCGGAUCUUUGUGGCGGGGAGAACGACCAUGGCAUUAGAGACGACAAAGACACACCUCAGUACAGCAAAGAGCGUGGCACAAUCCCCACUAGACCCAAUCACUGAGAAGCGCGGCCAGCGUGAUCAGCAAGCUCACGAAAAUGAGUUCUUCCGCACCUGUUGCGCGAACUUCUGCCAUCUAGCGACAGCCGUGGUUGACAUCACACAAAAGCUUGCAUUGGAAGAACACUUCCAUUCCGACCAAUUCGUCCCAUUCAACGCACGCUUGUGCCGGGCUACAUUGGCUCUCUGGGCAGCCUUGGACGCAUCAAGGGUGGAGGAGGACAGGGCGGAACGUAUUUGGAUGCAGGAAUUGGAUAUGCCCACAGUUUCGGAGCCAUCUUCCGAGUGGAUCUAG